UAUAACCAUUCCCAGCCUCACCUCCACUCUCUACUAUCUAGUACUACUCCAUUUCAGUUAAGUGCUAGUGUUAGUGUUAGCCUCACACACAAUUCACACUGUUCACUAACCCAAACACUAGGCAGCUCAGCUCAGCUCAGGCUCAGAGUAAUUAAGCAAGAAAGAAGAAGAGGAGGAGGAGGAAUCUGAUACUGUGAUGAAGAAGACGCUUCUUCCCACGGCGAUUCUGCUUCUGCUGUUGCUGCUCGCGCUGCCGCCGCCGGCCGCCGUGGCGCUCACCGCCGAUGGGCUCGCGCUGCUGGCGCUCAAGGCCGCGGUGACCGACGACCCGCUGUCGGUGCUCUCGUCGUGGUCGGAGGCCGACGCCGACCCGUGCCGGUGGCCCGGCGUGACGUGCGGCAACGUGUCGUCGUCGUCGGCGGCGGCGGGGAGGCGGGUGGUGGGGGUGGCGUUGGCCGGCAAGAACCUCUCCGGGUACAUCCCGUCGGAGCUCGGCUCGCUACUGUUCCUCCGGCGGCUUAAUUUGCAUGACAACCGGCUCACCGGCGGCAUCCCCGCCGCGCUGUCGAACGCGUCGUCGCUCCACUCGGUGUUCCUCUACGGGAACAGGCUCACCGGCGGCCUCCCCGUCGCGCUCUGCGACCUCCCGCGGCUGCAGAACCUCGACGUGUCGAGGAACGCGCUCUCCGGGGAGCUGCCCGUGGAUUUGCGGAGCUGCCGGAGCCUGCAGCGGCUCGUCCUCGCCAAGAACUCCUUCUCCGGCGAGGUGCCGGCGGGCAUCUGGCCGGAGAUGGCGAGCCUCCAGCAGCUCGACCUCUCGUCGAACGCGUUCAACGGCUCCAUCCCGCCCGACCUCGGCGAGCUCCCGAAGCUCGCCGGCACGCUCAACCUCUCCCACAACCGGUUCUCCGGCGUCGUGCCGCCGGAGCUGGGGCGCCUGCCGGCGACCGUCACGCUCGACCUCCGCUUCAACAACCUCUCCGGCGCCAUCCCGCAGACCGGCUCGCUCGCCAGCCAGGGCCCCACCUCCUUCCUCAACAACCCCGGCCUCUGCGGCUUCCCUCUCCAGGUCCCCUGCCGCGCCGUCCUGCCGCCGACGCAGUCGCCGCCGGCGCCGACGACGACCACCCCAUCGUCGGCCGCCGCCGCCACCUCGUCGGACCAUCACCAACCAAUCAGAACGAGCCUCAUAGCUCUCAUAUCCAUCGCCGACGCCGCCGGCGUCGCCCUCGUCGGCAUCAUCCUGGUGUACGUCUACUGGAAGGUCAAGGACCGCAAGGAAGGCCGCCGCGGCGGCCGCUCCACCGUCGACGGAGACGACGACGGCGACAGCAGAAAGGGGCUCUGCCGCUGCAUAUGGGGCCGCGGCGGCGGCGCCAACGACGACGACUCAGACACCUCGUCGUCCGGCGGCGACGAGGAAGGCGGCAAGCCCGGCGGCGGCGGCGGCAGCGAGGGGGAGCUGGUGGCGAUCGACCGGGCGUUCCGGGUGGAGCUGGACGAGCUGCUGCGGUCGUCGGCGUACGUGCUGGGGAAAGGCGGGAAGGGGAUCGUGUACAAGGUGGUGGUGGGCAACGGCGCGACGCCGGUGGCGGUGCGGCGGCUGGGCGGCGGCGGGGGCGGCGGCGACCGGUGCAAGGAGUUCGCGGCGGAGGCGCGGGCGGUGGGGCGGGCGCGCCACCCCAACGUGGUGCGGCUGCGCGCCUACUACUGGUCGGCCGACGAGAAGCUCGUCGUCACCGACUUCGUCGGCAACGGCAACCUCGCCACCGCGCUGCGCGGGCGUCCAGGUCAAACACCCCUGUCGUGGUCAACGCGCCUGAAGAUCGCCAGGGGCGCGGCGCGCGGCCUCGCCUACCUCCACGAGUGCAGCCCGCGGCGGUUCGUCCACGGCGAGGUCAAGCCCUCCAACAUCCUCCUCGACGCCGACUUCACCCCGCGCGUCGCCGACUUCGGCCUCGCCCGCCUCCUCGCCGUCGCCGGCUGCGCGGAGGACAGCGCCCUCUACUCUUCUGCUGCUGCUCCUCCGCCGCCGCCGCAGCCGUCCUUGGGCACCGGCGGCGGCCUGCUCGGCGGCGCCGUACCGUACACCAAGACGGCGGGGGCGGCCUCCGUGGACCGCGGCGGCGGGUACCGCGCGCCGGAGGCGCGGCUGCCCGGGGCGCGGCCGGCGCAGAAGUGGGACGUGUUCUCCUUCGGCGUGGUGCUGACGGAGCUCCUGACGGGGCGCGGGCCGGGCGACCACGCGUCGCCGUCGACGUCGGCGUCGUUCUCGGCGCCGUCGUCGUCGUCGGCCACGGCGCUGACGACGGACCGGUCCGGGAGCGGCGAGCACGGCGGCGGCGGUGUGCCGGAGGUGGUGCGGUGGGUGCGGCGCGGGUUCGAGGAGGAGACGCGCCCCGUGGCGGAGAUGGUGGACCCGGCGCUGCUCCGGGACGCGCACGCGCCGCCGCUGCCCAAGAAGGAGGUGGUGGCGGCGUUCCACCUCGCGCUCGCCUGCACCGAGCUCGACCCGGAGCUCCGGCCGAGGAUGAAGGCCGUCGCCGACACGCUCGACAAGAUCGGCUCCUCAUGAAUCCAUGAAUGUGAAGUGAUGAUAAGCUUAAGGUUGUCUCUUGUGAGAAAUCAUUUUCUUUUCUUCUUCUUUUUUUUUUCUUCUUUUUGAGUUCUUGGAAAUAUUUGGUUGUAAGUGAGGUUUUGGUGGCUGCUAUUCUUUUGGAUGGAAUUGAUCAGGUCCUUUUGAGAUGAUAUAUAGAGGGUAUAUAGGAAGGAAGUAGAUAAUUAAUGUGUUCUCUUGUAAGUUGCAAGUUUUAUUGUUGUGUCUGCUUUCACUGAAAAGUUACAGAUGCAAUGUGGAUGGAGUAAUAUUUCAAUUUUGGU